AGCAUAGCAGAACCAUUUUAUUCCCACCUAGGUCUUAUUCUGCUGAAGCGCUGCUCCCUGGCAGAGCAGGUUGCAUUUAAUUGGAAUGGGUCAGAAUCAAACUGCCUCAGAAACAUGACAGUAUUGGUUUAUUACUGGAACACAUACUCCCUUCCCCCCUGUAAAUGCUAAUCUGCACAGCAUUACCAUUAGGAGCAUCCCCCCCCAUCCUUGGGCUCACUUGGGCACUUCCAUCUGGUGGCUAGGGAUACAGAAAUAAUACAGCCUCCCCUGUCCCAGCAGCUUUUUCAUUACAUUGAAUGCAUUAGGAUGGCAGUAUUGUUUGGGUGGUAACAGGUAAAGACUGGAUGACUAUGAAGAAAUCAGCAAAGAGGAAAAUGUGGUCUCCUUAGAAACGAGUAGUUCCUGUGAAGGUGAUGUUUGCCUCUAGCUCCAUUCUUCUGGUUACCUAGCAGUGGGUGACAUAUAGAAACGCAAAGCUGCCUUCUUCUUCUCUCCCCUAAAAGAAGGAUCCUUACCUUUUGUGUAGCCCCCACUCCUCAUAGUCACCUCAUUUCAUCGGAUAUCUAAAGCUUUUCAUUAUGGCUCAUGCAGCUUCCCAGCUGAAGAAAAACAGGGAUUUUGACGUUAAUGCAGAAGAUGAAAAAAAGAAGACCAAGAAACGGACCCGGGAACGAAAGAAAAAGUCUGACAGCAAUGCCAGUUACCUAAGAGCUGCACGGGCUGGAAACAUAGAAAAGGCCCUUGACUAUUUGAAGACUGGGGUCGACAUCAACAUCUGCAACCAGAAUGGGUUGAAUGCCCUUCACCUUGCUUCCAAAGAAGGCCACGUAGAGGUUGUUGUAGAGCUGAUAAAGCAGGGAGCUAAUGUGGAUGCAUCAACAAAGAAAGGAAACACUGCGCUGCAUAUAGCUUCACUAGCUGGACAGAACGAGGUGGUGAAAGAGCUGGUCACGAACGGAGCGAAUGUGAAUGCCCAAUCACAGAAUGGCUUCACACCGUUGUACAUGGCAGCGCAGGAAAACCACCUUGAAGUCGUCAAGUAUCUCCUUGACAAUGGCUCCACUCAAAGCAUUGCAACAGAGGAUGGUUUUACACCUUUGGCGGUUGCUCUGCAGCAAGGCCAUGACCAGGUGGUGUCUCUCUUGCUGGAGAAUGACACCAAAGGGAAGGUCCGGCUCCCAGCUCUUCACAUCGCAGCCCGCAAAGACGACACCAAGGCGGCCGCGCUGCUUUUACAAAGUGACCACAAUGCAGAUGUGGAGUCCAAGAUGGUGGUGAAUAGAACGACGGAGAGUGGCUUUACCCCGCUUCAUAUAGCUGCUCACUAUGGAAAUAUCAAUGUUGCCACACUGUUGCUCAACCGAGGUGCUGCUGUAGAUUUCACAGCAAGGAAUGACAUCACACCUCUGCAUGUUGCUUCAAAGAGAGGCAAUGGCAACAUGCUCAAGCUGCUGUUGGAGCGAGGAUCCCAAAUUGAUGCCAGAACAAAGGAUGGACUGACCCCCUUACACUGUGGAGCACGAAGUGGCCAUGAACAAGUUGUAGAAAUGCUGCUUGAUCGUGGGGCCCCCAUUCUAUCCAAAACAAAGAACGGGCUGUCUCCCCUGCACAUGGCGACACAAGGGGAUCAUCUCAACUGCGUUCAGCUUCUGCUUCAGCAUGACGUGCCUGUUGAUGACGUCACGAAUGACUACUUGACAGCACUGCAUGUUGCCGCACACUGUGGUCACUACAAGGUUGCCAAGGUCCUCUUAGACAAAAAGGCCAACCCUAAUGCCAAAGCACUGAAUGGUUUCACACCACUCCAUAUCGCCUGCAAGAAGAACCGUGUUAAAGUGAUGGAACUUUUGCUGAAGCAUGGAGCUUCGAUUCAAGCUGUUACUGAGUCAGGGCUAACACCAAUUCAUGUUGCUGCUUUUAUGGGACAUGAAAAUAUUGUGGCCCAGUUAAUACACCACAGAGCAUCUCCAAAUGCAACCAACGUGAGAGGAGAAACAGCACUCCACAUGGCUGCCAGGGCAGGACAAGCUGAGGUUGUUAAAUACCUUGUGAAGAACGGAGCUCAGGUAGAGGCGAAGGCUAAGGAUGACCAGACUCCACUGCACAUCUCUGCUCGUCUGGGAAAGGCUGAUAUUGUUCAGCAAUUGUUACACCACGGAGCGUCUCCCGACGCUUCCACGACCUCGGGUUACACUCCACUGCACCUGGCAGCCCGAGAGGGGCAUGAAGACGUGGCCUCAGUCCUGCUUGAGCAGGGAGCCUCCCUGGCCAUCAACACAAAGAAAGGAUUUACACCUUUACAUGUGGCAGCAAAAUACGGGAAAAUUGAAGUUGCCAACCUUCUACUUCAAAAAGCCGCAUCGCCUGAUGCAGCAGGGAAGAGUGGUUUAACUCCACUGCAUGUAGCAGCGCACUAUGAUAACCAGAAAGUGGCACUCCUUCUCCUGGACCAGGGAGCCUCACCACACGCAGCAGCAAAGAAUGGCUACACUCCAUUGCAUAUUGCUGCCAAAAAGAAUCAAAUGGAUAUUGCCACAACCCUGCUGGAGUAUGGGGCAGAUACAAAUGCAGUUACCCGGCAAGGCAUCAGCGCCGUACACCUGGCUGCACAGGAAGGGAAUGUGGACAUGGUCUCUUUGCUGCUUGCCAGGAAUGCCAAUGUCAAUCUUGGCAACAAGAGUGGUUUGACGCCUCUCCAUUUAGCUGCUCAAGAAGACAGAGUAAAUGUUGCAGAGGUUCUUGUCAACCAAGGGGCGACAGUCAAUCCGCAGACAAAGAUCGGUUACACUCCAUUACAUGUCGCAUGUCACUAUGGGAAUGUGAAGAUGGUAAACUUCCUUUUACAACAGCGCUCUAAAGUCAACGCCAAAACCAAGAAUGGGUACACUCCCCUCCAUCAAGCCGCCCAGCAAGGACACACACAUAUCAUUAAUAUCUUGCUGCAUCAUGGUGCUUCCCCUAAUGAGCUGACUGUGAAUGGCAACACUGCACUGUCCAUUGCCAGGAGACUUGGCUACAUCUCUGUGGUGGACACACUGAGGGUGGUAACAGAAGAAACACUGACCACAACGACUGUGACAGAAAAGCAUAAAAUGAAUGUUCCUGAAACGAUGAAUGAGGUCCUGGAUAUGUCAGAUGAUGAAGUUUGUAAAGCCAAUGUUCCUGAAAUUCUCAUUGAAGCUGACUAUAUUUCAGAUGUUGAAGAAGGUGAAGAUGCAAUAACUGGAGAUACUGACAAAUACCUGGGACCCCAGGACCUGAGAGAGCUGGGUGACGACUCACUUCCUCAGGAAGGUUAUAUGGGCUUCAGCAUUGGAGCUCGCUCUGCCAGCCCUAGGAUCAGCCUCCGCUCCUUCAGUUCGGAUAGGUCUAACACCCUGAACAGAAGCUCAUUCGCCAGGGACAGCAUCAUGAUUGAAGAGAUCCUAGCCCCACCAAAGGAUACGCACCUGACAGUGACCAGGGAGUGUGACUCAGACUCACUGAGACGCUAUAGCUGGGCAGCAGACGCCCUUGACAAUGUGAACCUUGUUUCCAGCCCUAUUCAUUCUGGCCUUUCCUCUCCACUUCCCCAGUAUGACUCAAGGUUUCUGGUCAGCUUCAUGGUUGACGCCCGCGGUGGCUCGAUGAGGGGCAGCCGCCACAAUGGCAUGCGGAUCAUUAUCCCUCCACGGAAGUGCACAGCGCCCACUCGCAUCACCUGCCGACUGGUUAAGAGACACAAGCUUGCCAGCCCCCCGCCCAUGGUUGAGGGAGAGGGACUUACCAGUCGCCUUGUGGAAGUUGGGCCUGCAGGGGCUCAGUUUUUGGGCCCUGUGAUAGUGGAAAUCCCCCAUUUUGGAUCAAUGCGGGGCAAAGAGAGAGAACUGAUUAUACUCAGGAGUGAGAACGGAGAGACUUGGAAGGAGCACCAGUACGACUGCAAGUCAGAAGACUUAAAUGAGGUCCUAAACGGAAUGGAUGAAGAACUUGACAGCCCGGAUGACCUGGAGAAGAAACGUAUUUGUCGAAUAUUCACUAAGGAUUUCCCCCAGUACUUUGCCGUGGUUUCUCGUAUUAAACAGGAGAGCAAUCAGAUGGGCCCAGAGGGGGGUGUCCUCCACAGCAUGACUGUGCCAAUGGUGCGGGCGUCUUUCCCAGAAGGGGCUUUGACCAAGAAAAUCCGUGUUGGUCUUCAGGCUCAGCCAGCACCGGAUGAAAUUGUCAAAAAGGUUAUUGGAAAUAAAGCCACGUUCAGCCCAAUUGUAACUGUGGAACCCAGGAGGAGGAAGUUUCAUAAACCCAUCACCAUGACGAUUCCUGUGCCUCCUCCCUCUGGAGAAGGCGUAACCAAUGGAUACAAAGGAGACACCACUCCUUGUCUGAGACUCCUGUGCAGUAUAACGGGGGGCACCUCACCAGCCCAGUGGGAAGAUAUUACUGGAACCACCCCACUGACAUUUGUGAAUGAAUGCGUCUCUUUUACAACAAAUGUUUCUGCCAGAUUUUGGCUUGCAGACUGCCACCAAGUCCCAGAAACUGUUGGGCUAGCCACGCAACUUUACAGAGAGUUAAUCUGUGUUCCCUACAUGGCCAAGUUUGUUGUAUUUGCCAAAAUGAACGAUCCUGUAGAAUCCCGCCUGCGAUGCUUUUGCAUGACGGACGACAAAGUGGACAAAACAUUGGAACAGCAGGAGAACUUUGAAGAAGUUGCCAGAAGCAAAGACAUUGAGGUUCUGGAAGGAAAACCAAUCUACGUCGAUUGCUAUGGCAAUCUGGCUCCUUUGACUAAAGCAGGACAACAGCUGGUGUUUAAUUUUUAUGCGUUCAAGGAGAACAGACUGCCUUUCUGUGUAAAGGUACGAGACAAUAGUCAAGAGCCAUGCGGGCGAUUAUCGUUCCUAAAGGAGACGAAAAUCACAAAAGGAGUACCCCAGGCAGCGGUCUGCAACUUGAAUAUUACACUGCCAGCCCACAAGAAGGAAAUCGAGUCAGAUCAAGACGAUGAGGCUGAAAAACCAGAAAGACGUCAUACCUUUGCAUCUUUAGCCUUACGUAAGCGCUACAGCUAUCUGGCUGAGCCUGGAAUGAAAACAGUUGACCGAAGUGCAGGAACAGCAAGAACACUGCCUGCUGCUUACGCUUACAAACCUGUCUUUUCAACACGAUCUUACCAGGCAUGGUCAACUGCUCCAAUUACCGUACCUGGGCAAGCGAAAUCUGGAUUCACAUCCUUAUCCAGCUCCUCUUCAAACACUCCAUCUGCUUCACCAUUAAAGUCGGUCUGGUCUAUUUCUUCUGCAUCUCCAAUCAAGUCCACAUUCGGAGCUUCUACUGCAUCUUCAGAUAUAGCAUCUCCAAUCAGGUCAUUUAGAUCAAUUUCUUCUCCAAUAAAGACUGUAGUGCAGCAAGCCCAGUACCCUGUUCAGAUGUCUACAACUUUAUUGUCUUCGCCUGGCAAAUCCUCAUUAGUGUCAGAAGCUGCCUCUGUAAAAGGACUUGCUUCUUCACUUUCUUCAAGGACUUCCCCAGUCGCUUCAACAGGGUCUUUACUAGAAAGAUCCUCAAUCACUAUGACCCCACCGGCUUCCCCUAAAUUCACAGUUAACAUGUAUGCUUCAACAUCGCCAUAUAAAUCGGUUAUGACUUCAGCAGCACCUAUCACGUCUUCCGCUAUAAAGUCAAUAUCUGCCUUAUCUUCAAUGAAAUCCACAGCAGAUACCGCUGGUGCUAAAGGAACGCUAACUUCCUCGCUGUCUUCUCCAGCUAAGUGUGCUGUAGCAUCUACUGGAACUAUGCUGCUUAACGGAUCAGUUUCGCCAAUUAAAUACCCAUCUUCUUCAGCGACUAUUUUAAUCUCAGGAGUUACUUGUGGUUUGCAAGAAAAGAUACAUGCAACAACACAAGCCGCAACCACAAGUGUCAGUGCUGCUAUUGAUGAAGUAGAAAAAACGUUUACUUCUGCCUGUGCUCCUCUGAAAUGCACGUCCUCUUCCACUUCCUCAGCUUUCCAGUCUGCCAGAACUCCUGCAGCAAGUUCCUUCUAUGCCUCUUUGCGAUCAGCUUCUUCUGCAACAGCAUCUGUAACAUCUGCAACGAUUACUGUACCGGUAUAUUCAGUUGUGAAUGUUCUAUCGGAACCCCAAUUAAAAAAAUGGCCAGAAGCAUCUGUAACAAAAUCAGCAGCUGCACUAUUGUCACCUAUUAAGACAUUGCCCACAGAGGCACGAACACAGGCCCAGUCUUCCUUUUCAAGGACUUUGUCCCCAAUUAAAUCCUCCUUAUUCAUUUCCACCACAGCACCUAAAUCAACCACUGCAUCCACUUUAUCGUCAAGUCAGGAAAUACUGAAGGAUGUUGCUGAUAUGAAGGAGGAUUUGAUAAGAAUGACUGCUAUAUUGCAGACAGACUCCUCCACAGCUAGUAAAAACGUCCACCCUGACGUGCCUAAGGAACCUAAAAUGGAAGAUGAGGAGCCAUUUAGAAUUGUUGAAAAGGUCAAGGAAGACCUUGUUAAAGUCAGCGAGAUCCUUAAGAAGGAUGUGACGUUUGUUGAUAAUAAAGACUCCUCUAAAGAGAACUCGCCAGAAGACUGGGUUGAGUUUUCUAAAGAUGAAAUAGAGGAAGCCCAACAGAAUGCUAGGCGCUGUCUUCCAAGCUAUGAGACAGAAACCGCUCAAACAAAAGCCAAAUCCGUUUCUGAUAAAGACUUUAACUUAUCAAGGGUAGUUGAUUAUUUGACAAAUGACAUUGGUGCUAGCUCUCUCUCAAAAAUGUCAGACAUUAAAUGUAGAUAUGAUGAAGUAAAGAAAGAGGGGGAAGAAAAGCAGAAACGUAUUCUAAAACCUGCUAUGGCUUUGCAAGAACACAAGCUAAAAAUGCCACCCUCAAGUAUGCGUUCUUCUGCUUCUGAGAAAGAAUUAUGCAAACUUGCAGACGCCAUCUAUGGAAUAGAUGCAAUAUUAGAGUCUCCUGAUGACUUUUCACAGCAUGACCAAGAUAAGAGUCCACUGUCUGACAGUGGCUUUGAAACCAGAAGUGAAAAGACCCCAUCAGCACCACAAAGUGCCGAGAGCACUGGACCCAAACCAUUAUUUCAGGACGUGCCCAUUCCCCCUGUUAUUACAGAAACACGAACUGAGGUGGUCCAUGUUAUAAGAAGCUAUGAGCCCACCUCAGGUGAAACUCAGGAACACCUAACAGAGGUAGCGGGGCCAUCGAAAACACCUUCUAUAUUUGCAGAAUCUGAACAAAAGCAGAUUGGAUCUAUAAAAGACAAAGUUAAGGUUUUUCAAAUGAAAGUUAAUUCUGAGGAGGAUGACCAUAAACGUGUUGUAAGCAAGGGCAUGUGUGUUAAAGAAGAGACUCAUAUUACAACCACCACCCGAAUGGUUUACCAUAAGCCCCCUUGCAAAGAAAAUACUUCUGAAAGGAUUGAGGAAACCAUGUCUGUCAGGGACAUUAUGAAAGCAUUUCAGUCCGGUAGAGACCCCUCCAAAGAGUUAGCUGGUCUGUUCGAACACAGGGCUGGUACUGAAUCCCCCAAGGGUACUGAAACAACACAGAGGUAUAUUGAAAAAGACACAUCAGCAAAACCCAAGAUAGAAAGAAUAAUCGAGGUUCAUAUUGAAAAAGGUAACAAGACCGAACCAACUGAAGUCAUCAUAAGGGAAACAAAAAAGCACCCUGAGAAAGAACGGUAUGUUUAUCAGAGAGACCCAUUGCAGGGAGAGCAAGGUUUAAAAGUGCUGACAGACAAACUAGAUGCAGAUGAAGAAGCCCAACAGGAAGAGGGGGAGCUUACAGCAGAGGAAUAUCUUCCUUCCUGUUUAGAAUCUUCCAGAGUAAACACGCCUAUCUCCCAGGAAGAAGACAGUCGACCUAGUUCAGCACAGCUCAUGUCUGACGAUUCUUAUAAAGCGUUAAAGCUAUUAAGCCAACAUUCUGUAGAAUACCAUGACGAUGAGCUAUCAGAGUUAAGGGGAGAGUCAUACAGUUUUGCUGAAAAAAUGCUUCUGUCUGAAAAAUUAGACAUAUCUCGUUCCGACACAGAGGACUCUAUGACUGAUCAGACACAUGCUCGUAGUUCAGAGUUGCAGGGAGCUGAGAGGCAAUACAGUGAAAAAAUGCCCUCAGCUUCCAAGAAGGAAUUUCUGUUAAAGUCCUCAACACCAGAGAAUGUAGCAGGGAAAAUGACUAACCAAGAUGACCAAUAUGACAAGCUCACAGUCUUGCACUGUACUGCAGAGCCAGGUAGUCCAAAGCAUGCACUGUGGAUGCGUUUCACUGAAGAUAGACUUGACAGAGGUAGAGAAAAACUCAUAUAUGAAGACAGAGUAGACCAGACUGUUAAAGAAGCAGAAGAGAAGCUGACUGAGGUUUCACAGUUUUUUCGCGACAAAACAGAGAAACUGAAUGAUGAGCUCCAGUCUCCAGAGAAGAAGCCAAAAAAGAGAGAAGCCAGAGAAACCAGGUCAGGCCCCAGCUCUACCAGUGGUAGCCCUGAAAAGAUGCAGCUUAAUGAUGCAGAAGCCAGUGAGGAGUGGGGUAAGGCAAGGCUAAGAGAGCAAUCUGUGGGGAAAUUGUUUGGCAGCAGCUGUGAUGAAAGGAAAUGCACUAGCUUGCCAAACAGCCCCGAAAGGCGAGUAUUUUCACGGUUUUCAGAAGAGAAAAAGACACAGGAGGCAGAUAGUGUAGGUGAGGCUUCCCAGCCUUUUCAACUCAAACAGUCAAAAGUGAGCUCCGUAAGACUAAAAUUUGAACCAGAUCAGUUUCAGAAGGCACAGCAUCAAGAAAAAGGUCCACAACUGGGGCCGCCAAAACCACCAGUGAAAAAGCUGCAAGAGAGCAAACUUCCAGUGUAUCAUACACAGAUAUAUGGUAGAGAAAAAAAUACGCUGAAAUCAACAGAUAACACAGAUGAAAAUGCUACUCGAAAUAAAGAAACAGACAGUUUCAAAGAAAAACCUUCCCCUGCGAAAGGUUGUGAUGACUUUAAGAUAGAAAUUUGUUCUUCAGUUGCUCAGAAACUAACAAGGGAGAACCUGCCUCAGAAAGCCAUGUCUGAAACUACUUUUGAGAAACAUAUGCAAGAUGUUAAUAGCAAAGACCUAGAUUUCCAAACAAAUGCAGACAGGGAAAAAAAGGUUUUCAGGACUUGGGAAAAACCUGGAAAUUUGAACCGUAAGACACAGAAUGAAAAACUUACACAUACACUUGUACAGGAUACAUUAAAAGAUAGCAGUGACAAUGAUAGUAAGGAACCUGAAAAACACCAAGUGGUUUCAGUCACAGAAAAAGUGAGACAAUUUUCAAAAAACGUGUCUCCGAUUAAGGAGGCUGUAAUAACAUCUCCUUCAAAAAAAGUAAACUACACAGAGCUUGUCAUUCAGGAAGAAGACGACAACACCAGAACUUUAAAGAAAAAGACAGAAUCAAGUCCAUCGCAGAUCCCAGUUAGAAUGUCAGAAAGCAAUGGCAAUCAAACCAAAAGGCCAAAGCCAGAAUCGUUAAUCAAGCCAUCAGACAGGAGCAGUUCACAAAUACCAGCUCUAGCAAAAAACAGGUUUCAAACUAGUAAUGAAAGGAGUCCAUCUACGGAUGAGAUGGAAUCAUCUGCAAGCAGAUCUCCAGAUUCUUUAGAAUGUAGUCUCUGCUCGGUAGAAUACAUAGAAAAAGUAGCUCCUUUAGUAACUGCAGAAAGCUUCAAAGAGAUUAAGACUUUACCUGUUUAUGUUAGUAUUGUCCAAGUAGGAAAACAAUAUGAAAAGGAAACUACAAAUGGGCAACUGAAAAUAGUUAGUCAUGAAAGCAGGACUGUGCAAGAGAGGGGGGGAUUUUAUACAGUAAAACAAAAACAGCCUCCAUCUCCUCAAGGUAGUCCAGAAGAUGAUACUUUGGAGCAAGUCUCUUUUUUGGACAGUUCUGGAAAGAGUCCCCUGACACCUGAAACGCCUAGUUCUGAGGAGGUGAGCUAUGAUCUCACCUCCAGGACUCCUGAUUCGCUUAUAGGUUUUAUUCCAGGUAAACCUAGUCCUAUUCCAGAAGUGUCUGAAGAAUCAGAGGAGGAAGAACAUUGCAAGGUUUUUUCAUUUAAGGAAUCUCCACCAGAAAGGACCUCAUUGCCCACAAACGGAAGUAAGGAAUCUGGAAAAACAACAAAAGAUAAGCGAAUUGCUUAUAUUGAGUUUCCUCCACCCCCUCCACUAGAUUUGGAACAAUCAGAAGCAGAAAAAAAGAGGUCCCACAGUUCCACUGACACUGAGAGAGAAAUGAUAGAAGUCAACCUCCAAGAAGAACAUGACAAGCACCUUUUAGCAGAACCAAUUAUAAGAGUUCAGCCACCAUCUCCUCUUCCUCCGGGAGCUGACGAUAGUGACUCAAGUGACGAUGAAUCUGUCUUUCACCCAAUUCCAUUUAGGAAGUACACCUUCAAGAUCAAGGAGGACGAAGAGGAGCACAGAGCUACAGCUAAAGCUAAGAAAAUAGAGCAAAAUGGAAACUAUAAAGAAUCUGAUGCCAAUGGUGGCGGGAAAGGGGAUGAUUUUGAUUGUGAACAAAAUGGGAAUGACCAGUCGAUAACCGACUGUUCAAUCGCAACCACAGCAGAGUUUUCACACGACACAGAUGCCACAGAAAUUGACUCACUGGAUGGUUAUGACCUACAAGAUGAAGACGAUGGCUUGAGUGAACAAGACCUGAAACCGGCAAAAGAGGGUAAAAUAGAUGUCUGGGCCUCAGAAGGGAUGCUGAAGUCAAGUGACCGCUCCUUUAGCCAAAGUAAGCUUGAAGUCAUUGAAGAAGAAGGUAAGGUAGCAAACGAGGAUGAUAAAAAAGGGACAAAAAGUAUUUCUUCAGUCAAAAAAUCUGAAAAUGCGAUAUACGCCAAUGGCCAGGAUUUCACCUUGGAAGGAAGGCCCCCUGAAAGACAUGGCUUUGCUGACAGUUACUUUAGUUACAAGAUGGAGGAAGAGUUUGCAACCCCGUUUAAAACCGUUGCAACAAAAAGCCUAGACUUCGAUCCAUGGUCGAGCAAAGUAGGCGAGGAUGAAGUCUUUGAUGCUAGGAUUAAAGAUGAUGAUUCCAAGCCUUUUGGUUUAGCUGUAGAAGACAAGUCUCAAGCAACAACACCAGACUCGACCCCUGCCAGAACCCCAACCGAUGAAAGUACUCCAACUAGCGAGCCUAAUCCCUUCCCAUUUCACGAAGGGAAGAUGUUUGAGAUGACUCGCAGUGGUGCAAUUGACAUGAGCAAGAGGGAUUUUGUUGAAGAAAGGCUUCAGUUUUUUCAGAUUGGUGAGCAUACUUCUGAACGGAAGUCAAAGGGGGACAAAGGGGAUGGGGUUAAAACGACAGGUGUAGCCACUACACAACCACAGUCAUGGGAAACAACUAAAGAAAUAAAGGUAGACACUCCCAUAAAAAUUAUAACAACUGAGGUUGUGCUUAUCCAGACUAGCACUGAGAGCCUGGACACAUCGUCAGGCAGCCACAUAGUGGAGAAUUCCUCCUGUACUGUAACUACCGGUAACAUUGAUUCUAAAUUACAUACUCCUAUUAAAAUGGGAAUCACUGCUUCUAUGACUAUAAAAAAAGAUGCUAGUUCUUCAGAUGACUGUAAUGCAGAGGCUGUUACACCAGAUUAUCACAUUUUAGACAACACAGACUUAGAAACACACACAUAUAGUAAAACAGAUUAUAGUGAGGAAAUAAAACAGCAACCAGAAAGGAAAGAGUUUCCAAAAGAUAACUGUAACAAUAACAAUAACCUUGAUUCAUUCCAAUUUUUUGCAAACUUCAACCAGUUUGACAGUGUAGUGUUUAAUUUGCAAGCCACACCUGAGCCUUCAAGUUUAAACGUUAAUCUUGGAGAAAGCUUGCUUGGUAGGGAGUCAGGGAAAAUAAAGGACAGCAAUGUCCAAUGUGAACAUAGAGAGCAAUACAAACCAGCAGAAACAGUGAAACAGCCCAAAUCAAGGCUACCAGUCAAGGCCUCUCGCUCCCAAAAUACUCAAAAGACAGUGAAGCAUAGAUUGAAACAGCUGACCAAGACAGAUGCAAGAAAAAGAGUAGACAAAAGUACAUGUUUGGAACCCAGAUCUAGAAUUCCAGUCAAAGAUAUUACUAGGAGUAGCAUGAGCACUCCUAUAACAGUGCAGAUCGUAUCCAGACCAGCCAAGACAGAGAAAGAAAAUGCUAGACAGUUACCGUCCAGGCUGCCAGUUAAAGACAGAACUAGCUGCAAUGCCAGGACAGUUACUGAAACAAGUAGAGAUCAGCUGAGUGAGGUGUGUAAGCGUUCAAUUGAAUAUUUUAAGGAAAUUAGUGGUGAGACAUUAAAACUCGUGGACCGCCUUUCCGAUGAAGAGAAAAAGAUGCAGUCAGAAAUGUCUGAUGAUGAAGACAGCACGUCAAGAAGCACGGCAUUGUCAGAAGCUGCUCAAGUAUGCCAACCCUCCAUUCCCUCGAGGUCUGCUAGAGACUUGAAAACUGAGGCAGCGCCUAUAAAAUCAAAGGUUCAAAAGGCCGACAGUGAGAGAAGGAGAAGUAGGAGGACGGGUGGAAAUGAAGGCAGUCAGGUUUCUGGGCCUCACGUGGCUCACAUCGUGGAGAUCAAGCCUAGUCCACAGAGUCCCUGUGAGAGGACAGAUCUAAGAAUGGCAAUUGUAGCCGAUCAUUUGGGUCUGAGCUGGACAGAGCUGGCGAGAGAAAUGGAUUUCUCAGUCGAUGAAAUAAACCACAUUCGAGUGGAGAACCCCAACUCGUUGAUUGCACAAAGUUUCAUGCUAUUAAAAAAAUGGGUUAGCAGAGAUGGAAAAAAUGCUACAACUGAUGCCUUAACUGCUGUGCUGACAAAGAUCAAUCGGAUGGAUAUUGUGACCUUGCUGGAAGGCCCAAUAUUUGAUUAUGGUAACAUUUCAGGCACAAGAAGUUUUGCAGAUGAUAGCGCUGUUUUCCUGGAUCAGGCUGAUGGUUACUGCGACAUCCAAAGGGAACUUCAGACUCCCACUGAGCUGAAUUAUGUGCCCCCCACCCCUUUCUGGCAAGACGAUAUUUUUAGAGAUAUGUCUAGCGUAGACUCUCCUUUUAGAACUCUCAGUAGACCCAGCAAUCUUUCAUUGUCUCUGGAACCACAAAGCUGCUCUACUGCUGGUAAGCCACCUGUAGUUGCUGCAGAAGAUACUUCCUUGGGAGAUCAGCGGUUUGAUGGCUCAGAAGUGCCUUGUCAAGAAAGAGACAAAUCUGUCAGUGAUCAGGAUGACGACCAUAAAGACAGAUCAGAUGACCUCGAAGAGGACGAUGAAGACACAACUGUCACCAAAAUGCACAGCACAUUUUUGGAGAGACUGCAACAAGAGGAUGACGAGCCCCAAUUGGUGGCAUCGGACGUGGCUCGGCCCGUUCAGGUUUACACGGAGGAAGGCAGCAGUGGGUCUGGUUCUGAGGAGGAGGAAGAAAAAAUUAAGUCUCUUCUGCAAGACCUGAGACUGGAGGAAGGCGAAGAGGGCGAGAAGAUGACAGAGGAGAAAGUGCAGUCUAUUUUAAAACCAGUGCAAAAAACAGAAAAAGAAAUAUCUUCAAUUCCAGGUUGGAACAGCGAGACGUCAAGUGUAAACGUGGAGACCCCCACUUCAGGUCGCAGUUUAAGCUCUGACUUGCUAGAUCGACAGAAAAACAGCCAAGAGCAGUGCAGUGACUCCAUGACCUCAUCCUCUAAUGGACACACAGGGAAGCUCAAGCAGAACGGGGAGCGUGCAGACCUGUCCUCCCCACUGUCAGUGACUACACCUGUGGUGCAGGAACCUGCUAAUGGAGUGAAAGGUCAGACCCAGAGAGAAGCACAGAAACAGAAAGUGCGAAUUGAGGAGUACACAGGACUGGGCUACUCCAGAUCCCAAGAAGAGACAACAAAGCCUAUUGUGGAUGAGCCAGUGACACCCUCGUCUGUCAGUGGUAAACAAAUGAGCUGGGACUCGCCAGAUGGCGGCAAACCAGGACCAAGCACAAAGGAGGAAGACACUCUGAUAUCCAAGCACAAAGUGCAGACACACAGGGAUAGUGAAUCGAGCUCGGAUGAAGAACGGACUGUCACCACCAGAGUUAUCCGGAGACGGGUGAUUUUAAAGGGAGAGCAAGCGAAAAACAUUCCUGGUGAAUCAGUCACGGAAGAACAGUUCACAGAUGAAGACGGCAACAUCAUAACGAGAAAAGUCAUCAGGAAAGUAAUCAGACGUGUGGUUACUGCAGAGGACAGAGAACGUGAAAAAGGGAGAAAGGAACGAGACUACAAAGAAACACUAAACAUAGAGGAGGAGGACUAUUCUAAAUACUCAGAAACCCAAACUACACAGCCAGAGCAGGGUGAAGGAUACAAGAUUAAAGUGAAAAAAGAAGUCCGACAUGUAGAGAAAAAGAUCCAUUCAUAAUGUUCACUGUGUUCCCUAAAGGUACACAUACACUAUUAGAAUCCUGGGCAGAGAAUACUGGAGAUAAAACCUGACGAUCUAACAAAUCACCACAAUACAGUGUGUCUGCUGCUUCCACACAUUAACGCAUGGUUUUUCUCAAGAGGACGUUUUGAUUUAGCAUGAGCAUGGAAAUUCAUUUUCUUUCAGUGAACUGGAGCAUUAUAAUUAAUAACAUGAUGUGCCAUGGUGUUAAAAAGACAUUUUUUUUUCAGUUAAAAUGGUGUCAUCAAAAAUGUAAACAACAAACUAAAACAAGAACAUUACUGUGACCAAAGAUGGCACAAAAGAAAACAGAUGGGUGAUAUAGGAGGGACACUUUUUUGAAUCACCAACUACAACUACUGCACUCGCCUUAUAUUUUUCUUGAACCCAUAAUGUCAGGGUGAAAAAUUCUGUUUGUUUCUUUUUAACAAAAAUGAUCAGUGAUUUUGCUGUAUAUAAAUUACACUGUGUAAAUUCUACAAUAAGUAGCUCACGUAUUACGAAAGCACUGACUUAAAAGAGUAUUACAAGUGCUUUGAAAUGAAAUGGCAAUGUUGUAGUGGUUCCACUUUUAAGAAAAAAAAAAAACAGAAGGCUUGAGUGUAACUUUACAGAUUCUUGUAUAAUUAUUAGCAGGUAUAAUGUUUGUAAAUGAAAAAAAAAGCUUGAUGUUAACAGAAGAAAAUGUUUUCUUUAAAAUCUGCAGUGACUUUCAAUAAUUCCCAAAAUGGGAACACCUGUAGUUCUGUGAAAACUUUUCUUCAGAGUACUAAUAUUUUGAUGCAUGCGAUUCACCUUAUUUUAAUUACAAUUUUUCUAAGUUUGAAAACAGUAUAAUAAUAAUAGGAAUAACAACACAUUUUAUCAGUGUAAACACAUAGCCCUAACAUGUGUCACUGUCUGCAGUUUUUUAAAGACAAAUAUCCUAGACAUUAUCCAACACGCAAAACAAGGGGGUGGCUAGGAGCACUUAAUUUUCUCGCUUAUGCAAGGAUAACAGCUUGCAAAUGAAUAAAACGAAGUGCUGCUCUGGUAGGCACAGGCUUGAAUACUAUGAAAGACAUGAUCCGAAUGUAUAUGUGAGUAGACAGGCACGCUGUAAAAUUAUAACUGUAUCAUGUGCAUUGGCUAUAAGAUGUAGAAUCUUUCCAUAAGCCGAUCAUUUGUUAUCAUUCUAGCGGUGUAAUAAUAGGGUUAAAAGGCUGCUGUGGUUUAAAAAAAAAGGCAUUUUUAUUUGGGUUUUGGUGAAAUAUUUCCUUUUGUUGAUUCUAUUCAUAUGAGGACACCUAAGGCAUUUGUUGAUAGUAGAUCUAAUAUCAUAUGUAUUGGAAAACAAAAACAUCAAACACUGGAUGAUCUAGUUGAUUAUUUAAGCAUAAAAUAAAUUGUGUUUAAACUCU